UUCAGCCUCCAGGCCCGCCGAUGGAUCCACUGCCAAAGGGGUCCUGUGGGGGUCAGGCCGCACAGACCCUCCUGUGGAAAGCAAAAUCGUCUCUCUCCUUUCGCAUCCAGCCCCUUCAGACAUGGCCAACAAAAGACCCUGAAGUCGAGUCCCAGGUCAACCUCUCUGUCUCGGAAGACCUAGGCUGUAGACGUGGGGAUUUCAGUAGGAAACAUUAUGGAUCUGUGGAGCUGCUUAUUUCCAGUGAUGCUGAUGGAGCCAUCCAGAGGGCCGGACGGUUCAGAGUGGAGAAUGGCUCUUCGGAUGAGAAUGCAACUGCUCUGCCAGGUACUUGGCGAAGAACAGACGUGCACUUAGAGAAUCCAGAAUACCACACCCGAUGGUAUUUCAAGUAUUUUUUAGGACAAGUCCAUCAGAAUUACACUGGGAGUGAUGCAGAGAAGAGCCCCUUCUUCUUGUCCGUGACCCUUUCUGACCAGAACAACCAGCGUGUCCCUCAGUACCGUGCAAUCCUGUGGAGGAAAACCGGUACCCAGAAACUAUGCCUUCCCUACAGUCCCACCAAAACUCUGUCUGUGAAGUCCAUCUUAAGUGCCAUGAACCUGGACAAAUUUGAAAAAGGCCCCAGGGAAAUUUUCCAUCCUGAGAUACAGAAGGACCUGCUGGUUCUUGAGGAACAAGAGGGCUCUGUGAAUUUCAAGUUUGGGGUUCUUUUUGCCAAAGACGGGCAGCUCACUGACGACGAGAUGUUCAGCAAUGAAAUCGGAAGCGAUGCUUUUCAGAAAUUUUUAAACCUCCUGGGUGACACUGUCACUCUCAAGGGCUGGACAGGCUACCGUGGCGGUCUGGACACCAAAAAUGAUACCACAGGGAUACAUUCGGUUUAUACUGUAUACCAAGGCCACGAGAUCAUGUUCCACGUCUCCACCAUGCUGCCAUAUUCCAAAGAGAACAAGCAGCAGGUGGAAAGGAAGCGCCACAUCGGGAACGAUAUCGUCACCAUUGUGUUCCAGGAAGGAGAGGAGCCCUCUCCUGCCUUUAAGCCUUCCAUGAUCCGCUCCCACUUUACACAUAUUUUUGCCUUAGUGAGGUAUGAGCAGCAAAAUGACAAUUACAGGCUGAAAAUAUUUUCGGAAGAAAGCGUGCCACUCUUUGGCCCACCCUUGCCAUCCCCUCCGGUGUUUACAGACCACCAGGAAUUCAGGGACUUUUUGCUAGUGAAAUUAAUUAAUGGUGAAAAAGCCACUUUGGAAACUCCAACCUUUGCCCAAAAGCGUCGACGCACUCUGGAUAUGUUGAUUCGAUCUUUACAUCAGGAUUUGAUGCCAGAUUUGCAUAAGAACAUGCUGAACAGACGAUCUUUCAGUGACGUCUUACCAGAGUCGCCCAAGUCGGCACGGAAGAAAGAGGAGGCCCGCCAGGCCGAGUUCGUUAGAAUAGGGCAGGCACUAAAACUGAAAUCCAUUGUGAGAGUGGAUGCCCCAUCCAGCCUGGUGGCUUCAGGAAUCUGUAAAAAAGAGCCUUGGGAGCCCCAGUGUUUCUGCAGUAAUUUCCCCCACGAAGCCGUGUGUGCAGAUCCCUGGGGCCAGGCCUUGCUGGUCUCCACUGAUGCUGGCGUCUUGCUAGUGGAUGGUGACCUCCCGGCAGUGCCAGUGUUUGACAGGACUAUGCCCGUGAAGCAGAUGCACGUGCUCGAGGCUCUGGACCUCCUGAUUCUCCGAGCGGACAGAGGGAAAGACGCCCGGCUCUUUGUCUUCAGGCUGAGUGCCUUGCAGAAGGGCGUCGAGGGCAAGGAGGCGGCGAGGAGCAGGUGUGACUGCAGGGAAAACAAGCUGGAGAAAACGAAAGGCUGCCACUUGUACGCCAUUAACACUCACCACAGCAGAGAGCUGAGGAUUGUUGUCGCCAUCCGUAAUAAACUGCUUCUGAUUACAAGGAAACACAACAAGCUAAGAGGGGUACCCGGCCCCUCACUGUUGUCUCCCCUGUCGGAAUCACCCGUUGAAGAAUUCCAGUAUAUCAGGGAGAUCUGUCUGUCCGACUCUCCCAUGGUGAUGACCUUAGUGGAUGGGCCAACAGAAGAGAGUGACAAUCUCAUCUGCGUGGCUUAUCGACACCAGUUUGAUGUGGUGAACGAGAGCACCGGGGAGGCCUUCAGGCUGCACCACGUGGAGGCCAGCAGGGUUCAUUUUGUUGCAGCUAUUGAUGUUUAUGAAGAUGGGGAAGCUGGGCUGCUCUUGUGUUACAACUACAGUUGCAUCUAUAAAAAAGUGUGUCCAUUUAAUGGGGGCUCUUUUUUGGUUCAACCCUCUGCGUCCGAUUUCCAGUUCUGUUGGAACCAGGCUCCUUACGCGGUUGUCUGUGCGUUCCCAUACCUCCUCGCCUUCACCACCGACUCCAUGGAGAUCCGCCUGGUGGUGAACGGGAACCUGGUCCACACCGCAGUCGUGCCUCAGCUGCAGCUCGUGGCCUCCAGGUCGGAUAUCUACUUCACAGCGGCCACAGCUGAGAACGCGGUCUGGUCUGGAGACAGCUCCAAGGGGGCCAGUGCCCACAGUUCUCCUCAGACGCCCCCGGGCGGAGAUGCUCCAGUGUUCCCUUCUUCCCUGGGGGAAGGUGAAAUUCAGUCAAAAAAUCUGUACAAGAUUCCACUCAGAAACCUUGUGGGCAGAAGCAUCGAGCGACCUCUGAAAUCGCCCUUGGUCUCCAAGGUCAUCACCCCGCCCACAUCCAUCGGUGUGGGCAUCGCUGCCAUUCCCGUCACUCACUCCUUGUCCCUGUCCCGGAUGGAGAUUAAAGAAAUAGCCAGCAGGACCCGCAGGGAACUGCUGGGCCUCUCUGAUGACGGUGGCCCCAGGUCAGAAGCAGCACCGAAGCCUAAAUCAAAGGCCCGGAAGCAGUUCGAAGAAAGCCAUGGAGGUCCCACGCCAGGGACAGUGAGAUCAACUAGUAGCGACAGGAUCACAUCGGGCUCCUUGGAAAGUCCUUCUACUGCCGAAGCCAACCCUGAGGGGCACUGCCACUCGAUGGGCUCCGACCAGGACCCAGGGGCAGACAGAGAAGGGAGCCCAGUGUGGGGCAGCAGCCCCUUCCAGCUCACAGCUUCCUCAGACGAAGACGUUAUUGACUUGAAGUAAAGAGUCCAAAUUGCGUUCGCCACCUUUAUUUUCUUAUGGAGGUUUAUACUCUUGGACCAGUUCUGACAUUUCUCCACACAAUGUGGCUUUUAGCCUGUCUGUGAUCUAUUGGACCAAACCUCUGCACCCUCGGCCAGUUUCGGUCAGUCUCUAGUGUCCAGUGCCAUCUUUCUCGAUCUUCGUUUCUUCCUGUCCAGGAAUCAUCAGCCCCCUUGUAAUACAGGUGGUAGAUUUCAUUGAGGUUUUAGACUUAAACUUUGAAUAAAUCAGAAGUGUUCAUUCUUA